UAUUCAUAAGAUCAGAUAAUUACAAGAAGUCAAGAUAAUUACAAAUUUACAAAAAAUGGGUUUAAGCACACACAUCCCUAUCCUUUUCCAAAGGACGAGAAUUUGAGGCUUUGCCUAUGGAAGUUGAGGUGAAGCUCCGUCUCCCAGACUCAGCUUCUCACCAGAAACUCUCCGAUCUACUCGCACCAUUUCACAUCAACACCUUAAUUCAAGAAAACAUCUUCUUCGACGGCGCGAAGGCUCAGCUCACUUCCAAUCUCGCCGUCCUCCGAAUCCGUUUCUACAAUCUCGAUACCUGCGUCCUCUCUCUCAAAGCCAAGCCCGUAAUUUCCGACGGAAUCAGCCGCAUCGAGGAGCACGAAGAGCCAUUCGACACCGCGCUCGGUCGCGCCUGCGUCGCUGAGCCAUGGAGGCUCGCGAGAAUCAAGUCGUCGGAGAUACUGAAGAGAGUAAGGGAUGAGUAUGGGAUCGGGGAAGAAGGUGAUUUUGUGUGCUUAGGUGGAUUUAGGAAUGUGAGAGGUGUGUAUGAGUGGAAUGGAUUGAAAUUAGAGAUCGACGAGACUAAUUAUGAUUUUGGGACGAGCUAUGAGAUAGAAUGUGAGAGUUCUGAACCAGAAAGAGCCAAGAAGCUGCUUGAGGAAUUCCUCCAUGAAAAUGGUAUCAAUUUCUCCUACUCUCAACUUUCUAAGUUCGCCGUUUUCCAGUCCAGGAAGUUGCCCGACCCAGAGAAGUAAGUCUCAUCACUGGGCAAACACCAAGUAGUGCUUUCUUUUUUCCUUUUUUUUUUCUUUUUCUUUUUUGGGGAUAAUCAGGAGUUUUUUUUUUUUAAUAUACCUGGGGGAUAUUUUAGAGUGGUAUUGCUGAUAUAUA